UUACUCUAGAUCAAGUGGCCCAACGGAGUAGAGAGUGAGGGUCUUUUUCCAUCAGGUUUCAGUAGCCAAGCGGAGUGCGACCAAGUAUACACUGCUCAGUACCGGGCGCCGCUUUUAAUGUAAUCGAUGAUUAAAAGUCGUAUUGCAUAGGACGGUGUUUUAUAGUGUGUUCUCAGUUGGUUCCUGAAUAUUAUUGGGGGAAAUUACCCUGGAUUUACGUUUGUAUCUUGCAUUGAAGAACCACAAAGACAACCGAGGUUCACAAACCAGCAGAGCAGGGAGAAUAACUCCCACCUCUCCCUUCAGUCAUGGGUGUAUUCGCUCAAGUAGGACUGCUUCUCUGGAAGAAUGCUAAACUCAAGAUCCGAAGCCCGCUUCUGACGGUCACGACUCUUCUCUGGCCGAUCGUGAUCUUCGUCAUAAUCGCCGUCAUACGAGACAAACUACCACCCGUACCCUCUAGAGAAUGUCAUUUCAAGCCACACGCCCUACCCAGUGUGGGCACAGUGGACUUCCUGCAGUCAAUGAUGUGUGAUCUAGAAACAAAAUGUGCGAGCGCUGAUGAAGUACCGAAGUCAAAUGAACCGCCGACAUACGGAGCAAGUAUCGGUGCGUUGCUCGACGACGUGGAGCCUUUGUUUUCAGAGGAGUCGUCUAUUGUCGACGAUCUGGAGUCACUCUCCGAGACCCUUGGCCCGUUGAUUAAUCUCACACAAGCAUUGGAGGAAACAUUCAACAAGAUCAGCGAACAAAACUUUGGUCUUGGGGAUUUCUUUACGAAUCGUACCAAGUUGAAAGAAGAUUUAUACAAGACCUUUGAAGGUGCAGAGGCUGACUUGAUCGAGGCGAUGCUGGGAGCAAGAAUCAACGUCCUGGAGCUUCUUGAUGUGAUCGGUUACUCCGACUCAAGCAGCUUGGUGUGUAACGCCACAGCCCUGCAGACCUAUGUCAUCUUCCCUCCAAACACAAACGUUGACAAUAUCGCCAGUGCUCUCUGCAAUCUGAAGAGAAAAGAUAUCGAGAACAUCAUCAAUAUCAUCCUGCAAGAACUCGAUGUACAUUACAUUGCUGAUGAGGUGACAGCGUUUCUUCGUGCAUUGGAUCCCUACGGACUGGACAACUUCACCCGGGAUGUGCUGGAGAUCAGAAACCAGUUGGAAAACAUCACAGGUCUGGGAGACUUCGUGGAUGUUCUGCCCCAAGUCUUACAACUUACCGGGCUGGUCCCCGAUAUACAGAGAUUCUUGGAGGCGAUACAAGAAGUCAAUAUUGAGGAGACUCUCUAUGUGUUACGAAGAAUUAUUGCUAGUAUCGAUUGGGAAGGCUCUCCACCAUGGUGGUCAGAUGUCCAGGAUAUCUUAUUCCGCAUCACCGACAUCGUUUCAUCCGCCUUUGAUAUGAUUCUUGAUAACCAAUAUGAAGAUGUGACCUUUAAGGAUAUCUUCAGUGAUGGGAAGGUGAUAGAAAAUGUCCUGAAGGUGUUCAACGUGAGCAGGGAUUCUCUCGCAGGACUUCUUAACAGUACCAUCAACUACGACACAGUAAGAAUCUGUAUUCAGCUGUAA